UUAAUUAUUCAUGAGCCUUGUCAGCAAAACACAUGAAAUAGAGAGAUUGCCUGAGCUGAGAGAUAAGACUAGCUAGCUAUAAGCUUAGCCAUGAGUUCUAGUACAGACGUUGAAAUGAUUCCUCCAGAGGGUGGUGGUGUAGAGGGGGCGGAGUCUAGUACUACAGGUCAGGCUGACACUACUACUGGUGAGGCUGACACUGAUACUAGUCAGGCUGAGGCUGACACUGAUACUGGUGAGGAUGUUCCAAUGGAGGUAGACAGUGAUGUUAAUAAGGCAGAGCUGGGGCUGGGGCUGGGGCUGGCGAGUGGUGGAGAUAAGGACGAUAGAGAGAGUGAUGCUAACUGGGACGCUGCGGGGAAGUCAACUGUAGCUGUUCCACCUCCUCCUCCUCCUCCACCUCCUCCUAGUGCUAGUGCUAGUGACUACCAACGUCAACCACCACGCAAAAAACCAUCACCCCCUCCAUCAUUCUGGACCAACCGGACAAGCUAUAGUCAGCGUGAUACUCAGAACUAUCGCGAUGGUUACCAGGGGCAACGUAAGGAGGAGGGGCACGGCACACAGAACGUAGAAUUCUACCAAAACGAAAGGAGAUGUCAACCUGAUGACAUGCUAAUUGAUGAGAUUCACAAGGAGUGGUGGGGAGACUACAGAUUGUUGGAGUAUCGCCAUGGUUACAUCCAGUGGCUCUUCCCCAUCAGAGAACAGGGCCUAAACUACCAGGCACAGAAACUCAACCAACGAGAGAUUGAGAUUAUCCGUGGUGACGAGAAGGCUCUGAGCAGAAUCCUCACCUCCUACAAAAUGAUGUUGGACUUCUACGGCAUGGAGCUGAUAUCUGAUACUAAAGGUGAUGUAAUGAGGGGUCGUAACUGGGAAAGGGGUUUCGACAACUUGAACCACUCGAUGCAUAACUAUCUGAGGAUCACUCGUAUUCUAAAGUGCCUGGGGGAGUUUGAUUAUGAGCAUCUGAAAGCUCCGUUCAUUCGGUUUGUUCUGAGGGAAGCCAUUGUGGAGCGUACGCUAUCAAGAACAUUGGACAGCUGUAAGAACUACUGGAUCCAGGUGCUGCGGAGCGAUGAAGAACGAAAGGAUAUGACAGAGUAUAUUAAAAAACUGAACCAAGAACAGAAAGAAAAGAGAGAGAAUCAGAAGCGAAUUAGUGACGAGAAAAUAGAGAGAGAAAAGCAACUUAAAAAGGAGAAAAAGAGAGAGAGAGAAAAGGAACUAAAUGACAAGAAAAAGGAAGAAAAUGACAAGAAAAAGAAAGAAAAGGAAGAAAAUGACAAGAAAAAGAAAGAAAAGGAACUAAAUGACAAGAAAAAGAAUGAAAAGGAACUAAAUGACAAGAAAAAGGAGAAUGAAAAGGAAUUAAACGGUGAGGAAAACGAUGGAAAAACGUGAUCUAAUGGAUCUAAUGCCGGACCGUACACCCUAUUGUAGAUGAUAAGCAACUGCAUAAUUCAUAUAUGUGUACAUAAUUAUAAUUAUUUUGUUUAUUGUCCAUAAUAAAUUCUUAUAUUUUGCCCCCC